GAAAGUAGAAAAGCGUGCCUCUCUGCACGAUGCUUCCCCCAAUUGAUCCAUCCACGCUUGAGCAAAAUCCAGGCUUCAGCGCACUGUAUAAGGACUUGACCACGAGGAAAUUCAAUCCCGAUGGCUCUUCCAAGGACCUCAAGAGGCAGCGAGCACAUGCCGAGGUGCAAAAGAAACUUCAAACUGCAAGGAUCGAAGCCGCAAAGUCCCAGAUUCUACGUGCUAGCCUAGUCGAUCUCCCAUCUAAGUCUGAUGGCCUACCUCCAGAGCUUCACGAAGUAAUCGAGAUCAUUUGCGCCCAGCUGAACGGUCAAAUACCACCAGAAGAUCGCGAUAUACUCCAGGAUGACACUGAAUACUUUCUCGAAAACAUCGCCCCAGUCUCCGCAGCCGUGUCUGCCAACCUCACUGCCACCGCUGAACAUCUCACCCGCAUCGCCAACCCAUUAUCCUCCGAUCCCCUAGACCCAACAAUUCUCCCCAGCGCCACGCUCUCCCUCCUCGACGCCAACAUCGCCUUAACCGACGACCUAACCACCACCCGCCACUCCCUCGCCACCCUCGCCGCAACUCUCCUAACCACUCACACGACCCUCCUAACUUCGCUCAUCCGCAUCCUAGAGCAGACCGUCCACGGCGCCGUAUCCCGCGGCACGCGAGCCCACGCAGAGCAGCUAGCCGUGAAAGCCGAUGUUUUGAACGCACAGGCUAGCAUUCACGCACUCACCCACCCCCUUCCCGCACCGCUUGCAGAGUCGCUGCAGGAGUACUCCGCUGCGAUGGAGAAGGAGCACAUGCGGUUGAAGACGAGAGAGCGGGCGGCGCUGAAGAUGCUGAAGGCGUAUGAAGACGCAGGUGCGAAGGGGAUGGCCGAGAUUGCGGAGAGAUUUGCGGAAGUGGGAAGAGAGGUGGAGAGGGUGAGAGGAGAAAUUGAGCGGUUGGAGCAGGGUGGCAAGUAGGUAGGAGGUAAACAGCGUAGGCUCACAAGCAUGUGUAUCUCAAAUCACAAGCAACAGAGCAAAAGUGAAGAAGUCGGAAAGCCCCAACGGGCAUAUAUGGCCAAAACUAUAGACGCCCCAAAGUAAAUAAAGACAUUUCUUUAGUACAUAGCCCCAUGCGGGCCGCAACAGCUAUAAACGCGUGCCGUAUGUGUUCCGCCAAAAAAAAAAAAAAACUCCAUAAAACGCCGUCGGAAAUGAGCUUCGCUUUUCCAUCGUAGUUCUACAUUUGCGUGUCGCAGGGGCUUAGCCCUGAUCGCAGUCGUGUUCCGUCACCGCCGGGACGCCGGAACGUGUAUGCCCGGCCCCUCUGCCUCUCUCACACUAGCGUCUUGCUGGGUGAUACUGUCGUGUUAUUGAUAGUUUGGGCGGUAUAUGUCUUCAUUCACUCUUCUUCCCAC